UCGACGAAUAAAGGUUUAUCAAGGUGAUCACUAUGUACUUGACUUUAAUAUGAUGGCGGCGAUGAUUGAUACUUCAUUUUGGAAACAUAAUACUGUUUGUUGAGAAUAUUUUAAUAAUAUUUCAAAAAUCGAUUUCUGAGUUCGCAAUGUUGGUUCACAUUGAUUACAUUUUAAAGGACAUCGGGGAGUAUGGGCGAUUCCAGCGAUUUCAAACACUUCUCCUUUGCCUCUUUACUCUUUUCUUUUCCUUCCAAAUGCUAAGCCUUCGCUACAUUGCUGAGGUUCCAGAGACGUUCUGCUACGUUCCUGAGAUUAUGGGCGUCCAUAGUUACUAUGGAUACUUAAGCUACGAAGAGAGAUUGGUCAUUAGCAAAUUGACAAUUCCAUGGAAUAUAAAACCGGCUUUUUUAGAAACACGGAAUUCCCUGAUCGAUACGUGCCACAGAUACAACAUCAAUUCAACAUUUAAGAUUGGAGAUAGUUUGGUUGGCAUAGCAUCGAUACCAUGUGAUCAUGGAUGGGUAUAUCAUAAUUUGGAGAUCCAAUCAGUUGCUACAGAAGUCGUUUUAUUUGCCAGAAUUGGACGGAAGCGUGUCUAUUUCAGUUCCAUCUUAUUAUUCGUUUGUUUUGGUUCAUCGACGGCCGCUGCUUCUUCGUACGUCGCCUUCGUCGUUCUCCGCAUCUUCACCGGAAUAUGCGCCUCAUCAGCAUCUGUGUCUGGUUACGUUCUCGGUUUAGAAUUCAUUGGUCCUAACCGACGAGCUUUGUAUGCAGCCUUUAGGGAAGCUGCGUAUACAUUUGGGCAUCUGUUAUUGGCUGGAAUUGGAUACGCGAUACGUGAUUGGCGACUUCUACAAUUUUUCGUCUCUUUUCCCGCAAUUCUUAUUCUCAUAGUAUGGCCAUGGAUUCCAGAGUCACCAAGAUGGUUGAUGUCAAAGGGUCGGUAUUCAAGCGCUCAGCAAACCAUGCGACGCGCUGCUAAGAUGAACAAGAUAUCACUGCCGCAAGAUUACUUCAAGAAAACACGCGGUUUCGAUGAAUUUGGUCCCCAGAAAAGUAAGCGUACGACGGUAUUUGACUUGUUUAAAACACCGAACAUGGCAAAGAAAACGAUUAUUCAAUGCGUAUGCUGGUUCGUGAUUAAUUGUGUGUAUUAUGGAAUAUCAAUUGGUACAGAUGAUCUAUUUGGAGACCGCUACUUGGAUCUUUUAUUCAAUGGCGCCCUCUCACUUCCGGCAAACUUUUCAUUUAUUUUAGCGAUCGCUCGAUUUGGAAGACGGAGGCCGCUUUUUGUAUAUUUUACUGUUGGUGGUAUUAGUUUGCUCGUAUCUCCAUUUAUUCCCGAAUCGUUAAGUUUACUGACCACCAUCUUGAAGAUCACGUCUCGAUUUACCGUGCUAGCGUCGAUUGGGAUAUGUAUCGUGUACGCGGCUGAACUAUUCCCUACGCCUGUCAGAGGAGCCGGUAUAGGUAUCGCUGUAACAUGUGCACGGUUCGGAGGGAUAACUGCACCGUUACUUUGGUUACGAAGCAUACGUUAUUGGAAAGCGUUGCCAAUGGUAAUGUUCGGCCUGCUAUCGAUCAUUGCAGGCAGUGCUGUACUCAUUCUACCAGAGACAGUCGGUCGAAAUUUACCAGAAACCAUGGAGGAAGGAGAGAGCUAUGGAAAACUGAGCUUCAAACAGAUAAAGAAACAAAUACAACGUAGAGCUUUCAUGCGGUUCGGCACGGCUGACAAGGAAGGUCCCGAUUAUAUAACUAUGACUUCUAUGACCUCUGAAGAAACUUCAAGUACUACAAAUGCAGACGAGAACUGCAACACAUGCAGAGGAACCAAUUUUUAAUCAUUCAUCAUGAAUAUUCGGGAAAAGUAUUGAUGUAUUUCUAGGAAAGAUAGACAUAUAUUUUCAACUUCAUUUGCAACAGUUCAUUUUUACAUUUUUAAAAAAGGUUAUAGGGCAACGUAAUAACUAUACAAUUUAUAUAGUUUUCAAAUGAAUAAAAAAUUUGUUGGGCAUUGAAUAUAACAUUUUUGGUGUCAUCUGAAUCGUACAUGUGAUUAUAAACAUAUACCGGUAAUUCAUAAUGAUUUGUGUAACGUCGAUAAAGUGGUGAAGUACAAUUUACUAUCGUUUAACAAUUAUAUCACUCAUGUAGUACGGUAAUAUAAUAACAAUUAAACAAAUAAUAUUAACAACUAUCAUAGCAGUAACAAUAAAGACAGCUCUUGGUAAAAUGAUGAUGAUGAUGAUGA